UUUUUGGUCUAACGGCGGCUUAAAAACAACAAAAAAAGGGCAGAGCGUUGAGUGUGUGUGUGUGUAAGGGGGGGGGGGGAAUUAACGUUAACGCGACCGCCCCCUUGCCCAACGGAUCCUGCAACGGCUGGCUGGCUCCUUCGCCACAGUCAUGUGAUUGUAACGUAAAACCCCCUAAACCGGAAAACAACCGACGACCCUCUCCGCCGCCGCUACAAAGCUGCUGGGAGCCCGGAGAGGACGGACGGACGGCGCAGAGCGAGAGUCCUCCAGCCCGGUGACACACAGACGGUGGCGGCGGCACGGCGACGACGAUUCAGACGGACGGCGAGUGCUAAGGUUGAAGAAUGGAGUUGGCCAACCACGGUCUUAUCCUGCUGCAGCAGCUCAACGCUCAGAGGGAGUUCGGCUUCCUGUGCGACUGCACGGUGGCUAUAGGAGACGUCUUCUUUAAAGCCCACAAGGCCGUGCUGGCUGCCUUCUCCAACUACUUCAGAAUGCUCUUCAUUCACCAGGACAGUGAUUGUGUGCGUCUGAAGGCGGCCGACAUCCAGCCUGACAUCUUCAGCUACCUGCUCAACCUGAUGUACACUGGCAAGCUGGCGCCUCAGCUCAUUGACCCCGCUCGCCUGGAGCAAGGCGUGCGCUUCCUGCACGCCUACCCUCUCCUGCAGGAGGCCAGCCAGUCGGCGUAUUCCCACCCGGAGCAGAGCCUCAACCUCUCCACCUCCCUCUACGGCAUCCAGAUCGCCGACCAGCAGGCGGCGCUGUCGGCGGGGACGCCGCUCUCUUCGCCGGUGGACAUGGAGCAGCUCGCCACUGCCGCCGCGGCUCCGUCCAAGCCGUCCCCUCCAAGAGCAGAGGCCUCCGCCAGCGGAGCUCAAUUUUCCGCCGAGGAGGCGUCGGGUUUGGACUCGCUCGGCGCCGACGUGGCCUCCGCCACCGCCAUCCUGCACGUGAAGCCCAGCAUCAUGAAGAGGAGCGCAUCCUUCAGGAAGCACUACUCCUGCCACCUGUGCAGGAGUCGCUUCAACCAGAGGAGCCUGCUGAGGGAGCACCUGCUGCAGCACACUCAGGUGCUGGCACACAGCUCAGGGGAGCUCAACAGCGCCCCCUCCCCUCUAAUGAGUGCAGAGCAGACCAUGCUGGAGGCCGGCAAGACCAGCACCUCGGUGGAGGUCAUCAGCGACGGCGAGCAAAUGCCGGCCUCGGGCAACAACUCCGACUCCCCUCGCGCUGAGGUGUCCACCUCCGGAUGGGGGGUGGGCGGCUUAAACUCCCAGGCGGACACACCGCCCCCGUCAGACAUUGCGGACAUCGACAACCUGGAGAGCGCCGACCUGGACCGCGAGCUGAAGCGGCGGAAAUACGAGUGCUGCACGUGCGGCCGCAAGUUCAUCCAGAAGAGCCACUGGCGCGAGCACAUGUACAUCCACACGGGCAAGCCCUUCAAGUGCAGCGCUUGCGGGAAGAGCUUUUGCCGCGCCAACCAGGCCGCGCGCCACGUGUGCCUCAACCAGGGCGCCGACGCCUACACGCUGGUGGACCGGCAGAGCAUGGAACUGUGCGCGGCGGGCGACGACAGCAGCCAGAUGGAGGCCAUGUUCUUGGCGUCUUCCAAGCCCUACAAGUGUAACAUCUGCGCCACCACCUUCUCCAGCCCCAACGAGGUCAUCAAACACCUGUGCUUCACCCAGGGGGGCUUGGCAGGGCUCCAGGGCAACACCACAGCGGGAAUGCUGGCGCAGCACGAGGAGGUUUCCAAAGACGACGGAUCAGAUUUGUCCAACUCGGGCACGCCGCUCGACGCCAUCAAGGUGGAGGACGUCCUGGUGGAGUAGCCACUUUUCUUAGCGUGACGUCAGCGAUGGUUUGUUUGUCAGCCAACUUGAAUCCAAAACGCCAUCUUGUCUCAUCUGUCUCACCUUCCUGGACUUCUACCCUGAAACAGGAAGUGAGAGGCUCCACUCUGAGACGUUGUUGUUGUUGUUGUCCAACUGAAACACAAAGACAAUGAAAAAGACAAACGCCCGAGACAAUCUUGCUGUCUUCCUUUUGACUUCAGCUCCAUUGUGUUUCUUUCUUUGUCGUUUGGUCAAUACAACCUGCACCUUUUUUAUUUGUUGACCUUCAUGGUGUUUGUUUUGGUCCGCCACUGGAAACAAGCACACUUACUUUUUACAAUAUCAAAGUUUGGUCCCUUUUUUUUGGAAAACUAAAACACAAGUUGGAGAUUUACUUUUGUGUCAUUUUCAUUAUUACCGGUAUUCUUUUUUUUUUUUUUUUUUUUACUUGUUUUUUGUAGUAAACUUGAAUCCACUCCAAACGCCCCUAAAUAUUUUUUGGACUACUUUUUGAUACAUUGACAAAGAACCUAUUAUUAUUAUUAUUAUUAUUAUUAUUGUUAUUAUUAUAAAUGUAGCUUUUAAGUGUAGAAAUUGCAUUAUGGAUGAGCAAGAAAUUAACAAAAGUAGCCUUAACUUUAUAACUAUUUUGACAACAGCCCUGCUAGGAAUAAUCAUUGAAUAUAUUAAAGACACAAUUCCUCAUAGUUGUUUUCCAAAGAAAAGCAUGCAUCUCCAAAUUAAAAAAAAUAUUUUUAUCCACAAAUACAUUUUUUUAAUAUAUUUGUUGUCAAAAUAUUUGAUUUUGCCCCAAAAUGUGGAGAAACGUGCUUUUCAGUAUAUUAAAUAUGAUGUCCUUUUCAGGCAUUUUUUUUCACACGAGCUAAAUAUGGCUUCUCCUUUUCGACUCUGAUGCAGUUGAAGUUUGGAUUUGUGUUUAAAAAAGAGCACAGACAUGUUGAAAAGCUGUGGUUGUGUUGUUGCAGUUCGACCGCUAGAUGGAGCUGUUUUACUGUCAGCUAAGGUCCAGCACUCAAGAGCGUGUACGUCUUCAGCUCGGUGCGUGCGUGUGCGCGUGCGCGCUGAGACAUGUGGCUAUCUCAGGAAGUUGAGAAGUUUGACACCGUCCUGUUUGUCCCUGCCCUUGUUUAUGGAGACAUUAGGACUAGUCCAUCCCAUAAUACUUGAGUUCAAACAUGAUGUCCCGCCCCCUCAGUGACAUCUACUGUGAUCAAUGUGCUCUCAGGAAUGUGAGUCUUUUUAUUUUCUCUAUCAACUAUUUUUUUUAAUAAAGUGAAGA